AAGACAACAGGCAGGUCAGACAUGAACCUGCAACAGUGUGUGCUCACUGUCAGCCUUCUGGUUCCCCUCAUGACAGGGCUUGGGUCACCUACCAUAAUCAAGGUUCACAAUGGAGGGUAUUGGGGUGGCUGGGACGACGUCCGCUUUUGCCCACUGGGCUCUUAUGCUUACGGCUUUAGUCUGAAGGUGGAGGGGAAACAAGGAGGUGGGGAUGACACGGCACUCAAUGGAAUACAGCUGCAUUGCAGAGACAAGGACCGCCAUAUCGCUUCAGUGACAUCAGAGAUGCGCUGGGGUGAUUGGACCGAUUAUCAGUUGUGCCCUGGGGAUGCCCGGCUCAAGUCCUUCCAGCUGCGUGUGGAACGUCCGCAGGGUAACGGGGACGACACAGCGGCCAACAACAUCCGCUUCCGCUGCACGGACGGGACUGUGCUGGAGGGCCACGGCCUUGACUGGGGAGACUGGGGCUCUUGGAGUGGCGAGUGUCCCCGUGGGAUCUGUAGCAUGAUGGCCAGACUGGAGAGACCUGUGGGUGACGGAGAUGAUACGGCUCUAAACGAUGUCCAAAUGUUCUGCUGUGCUACUUAGAGCACACGUAAUCAAUCAAUUA